AUGACGCACGUUAUAGAUUUUGAUGGUUGGCACUUUGCGCCUGAGUCAUUAGGCCAGGGUUCGGAAGCAUCGGCAGACGAAGUAGUACCCGCUUCUCGCUCUCUGGCGUUGGAAGACAAACCUAGAGAUGGAUUGCAAAGCGAAGCAGGUGGCAGUAGAAGAGACCUCCAGUUGGAGACUGCGGGGGAGCAUUAUGCAGAGAAGCGUGACGGGGGCGCCGGCGGCCGGUUCUUUGAGGUGCUGAUGACGAGUAUGCACAAUGUGGACAACGGUUGCAUCCUGGGACUUCUGUGCACCGGAAACAACCGCGGUCCCUGGCUGGAAGGACUGCGCGAGUUCCCGCUGUUCCUCAACAAACUAGGCGCGGACGCUUUGCAACAGGCGCUGGAUAAGGGGGGCCUGCCGCAUGCUUUGGAGUCUCUGGAACGGAUGCAAGACCACGACUUACAAAAGAUCUGGGUGACCGCCUUCGACGAUGAACGGCGCGGCGGCGAGUUCUCGCUCCUCGACGAACGGACCGGCGAGCGGAAGCAGCUGACGUCAACGUUUCCGCAGGCGCUCGGGGUUGCAAUACGGUACCGAGAACCGUUUCUGCUGGAGCGAGACGCGUUGCUGUCGGCGAACGCGGAUUUUGUGGAUAGGAUGGUGAUCAAUCCAAAAGCGAGGGAGCAUCCGGACGAUGUGGACAUGCUCGCGCGCCUUUCUACCAAGAUGCGACUCGUGGCAGCACGGGUGACGGACCUAGAGCGAGAGCUGACGUCAGCCGUUGAAGCCGAGCAGUACGAGGACGCCGCCCGGUUGAAGAUCGAACUAGAGCGGGCGCAGCUCGAGACGGACGCUGCGCUCCCCGGGCUUCUCAAGGAGCUCAAGGACCUGUACCUGCAGAAGAUGCGGAUAUUCUUCAAGCUCUGAUGACGUCGCUUUACCAGCUUUGGCGAGAGGUAGGGAUUUAGAGAACCGUUUCGCGGUACUUCUCUGAAGUCAACCGCGCGAGUUCAUGAGAGCUUUCAGAGUCAAAAUCGCCAGCAUGCUGAUGCUGUAAACAUUGAAAGGAGUGUUCUCAGUAAAGCAGGCUUACCCCGUCCCUGACAAAGUAACAGUGCGAUCCGUUUACGGUACGAUUUCCGAGUUAGGUGCCUGCCGAAUCAAAGCAAUGCUGCGCAUGGCACGCAGGCUGGGUCCACCAGUAGUAUAUACGUUUACCUAGUUGUUCGCAAGGAUGCAGCGUAUCAAUGGUUGAGAGCACGAGCCUGCUUCCGACGACUCUUCUCUUGGACGCCGUUUGCGGUCAUCAUAGCACGGCAGCUUCAUGGAAGAACUUGAACCCCGCGC